AGGCAGAUGUCCCUUUAAGGUUGGCCGUGCCGCUGCCCGUGGACUUUAGCCUAAACACGGUCCCGCGAAGUUGGCUUUAUUUGUCCAUGUCUCGGACAGAGCCUGGGAGGCUGCCAGUGAGAUUUCAGAGCCCGGGAGCGCCGAGGGGCGGGGGAUGCCGCAGUCCAUCUGGGAUGUGAAAAGCGUGGAGCGAGCCUAGAGGCUUUCGACCAAAACACAGGAAACCGCUCCUCCGACGCUCCUGGACGCUGCGGCCACUGGGGCCACCGCCGGACACCCGCGGAGACCGCCCGGGUGACCCAGAGCUCAGGGCGCCGGUGCCCGGGUCCUGCCAGCUCGUGUCAGCUCCUGCCAGCUCCCACCCACAAACCAGCACGUUGCGGGAGCUGCAGCCGCUCCAGCCAUGGUCCCCAGGCGCCCUUCCAGCCUAGAGGUCACGGUCGUCUGCAUCUGGCUCCUCACGGUUAUUCUAGGCUUGUGCAUAUCCUUCAACGUUGAUGUGAAAAAUUCAAUGAGUUUCAGUGGCCCAGUGGAGGACAUGUUUGGAUACACUGUUCAGCAAUAUGAGAAUGAAGAAGGCAAAUGGGUGCUUAUUGGCUCUCCUUUAGUUGGCCAACCCAAAGCAAGAACUGGCGAUGUCUAUAAGUGUCCCGUUGGGAGAGAGAGAUCAAUGCCUUGUGUGAAGCUGGAUUUGCCAGUUAACACAUCAAUUCCCAAUGUCACAGAAAUAAAAGAAAAUAUGACAUUUGGAUCAACUUUAGUCACCAACCCAAAUGGAGGAUUUCUGGCAUGUGGGCCCUUGUAUGCCUAUAGAUGUGGGCAUUUGCAUUAUACAACAGGAAUAUGUUCCAAUGUCAGCCCUACAUUUCAAGUUGUGAACUCCUUUGCUCCUGUGCAAGAAUGCAGCACUCAGCUGGACAUUGUCAUCGUCCUGGAUGGCUCCAACAGCAUCUACCCCUGGGAAAGUGUCACCGCUUUUCUAAAUGAUCUUCUUAAGAGGAUGGAUAUUGGCCCUAAGCAGACACAGGUUGGAAUUGUACAGUACGGAGAAAAUGUAACCCAUGAGUUCAACCUCAAUGACUAUUCAUCGACAGAAGAAGUUCUUGUUGCAGCCAACAAAAUAGGCCGGAGACGCGGUCUGCAGACGAUGACAGCCCUUGGAAUAGACACAGCCAGGAAAGAGGCAUUCACUGAAGCUCGGGGUGCCAGGAGGGGAGUUAAGAAAGUCAUGGUUAUUGUGACUGAUGGAGAAUCACAUGACAACUACCGGCUAAAACAGGUCAUCCAGGACUGUGAGGAUGAAAACAUCCAGCGAUUUUCCAUAGCCAUCCUUGGCCACUAUAACAGAGGGAACUUAAGCACUGAAAAAUUUGUGGAGGAAAUAAAAUCAAUCGCAAGUGAGCCCACUGAAAAGCACUUCUUCAAUGUCUCCGAUGAGUUGGCCCUGGUCACUAUUGUUAAAGCGCUGGGAGAAAGGAUAUUUGCCUUGGAAGCUACAGCUGACCAGUCAGCAGCUUCUUUUGAAAUGGAAAUGUCUCAGACUGGCUUCAGUGCUCACUAUUCACAGGAUUGGGUCAUGCUUGGAGCAGUGGGCGCCUAUGACUGGAACGGAACUGUGGUCAUGCAGAAGGCCAACCACAGUGUCAUCCCUCGGAAUACCACCUUUCAACGUGAGCCCGCCAAAAUGAACGAACCUCUUGCUUCUUACUUAGGUUACAUGGUGAACUCUGCCACUGUCCCUGGAGAUGUGCUCUAUAUCGCUGGUCAGCCUCGGUACAAUCACACAGGCCAGGUUGUCAUCUACAGGAUGGAGGAUGGGAGCAUCAGCAUUCUCCAGACACUCAGUGGAGAGCAGAUCGGUUCCUACUUUGGCAGCGUCUUAACAACAAUUGACAUUGACAAAGAUUCUUACACCGACCUGCUUCUCGUCGGAGCCCCAAUGUAUAUGGGAAAAGACAAACAGGAACAAGGCAAAGUGUACGUGUACGCUGUGAAUCAGACAAGGUUUGAAUAUCAAAUGAGCCUGGAACCAAUUAAGCAGACAUGCUGUUCAUCUCUGAAGGAUAAUUCAUGCACAAAAGAAAACAAGAAUGAGCCCUGUGGGGCCCGUUUUGGAACAGCAAUUGCUGCUGUAAAAGACCUCAACGUGGAUGGAUUUAAUGAUGUUGUGGUUGGAGCUCCGCUGGAGGAUGACCACGCAGGAGCUGUGUACAUCUAUCAUGGCGGUGGCAAGACCAUAAGGAAGGAGUUCGCACAACGUAUUGCAUCAGGUGGGGAUGGCAAGACACUGAAAUUUUUUGGCCAGUCUAUCCACGGGGAGAUGGAUUUAAAUGGCGAUGGUUUGACUGACGUGACCAUUGGAGGCCUUGGUGGAGCUGCCCUCUUCUGGGCCAGAGACGUGGCUGUGGUUAAAGUGACCAUGAACUUUGAACCCAACAAAGUGAAUAUUCAAAAGAAAAACUGCCGUGUGGAGGGGAAAGAAACAGUAUGCAUAAAUGCUACAAUAUGUUUUCAUGUGAAAUUAAAAUCUAAAGAAGACUCAAUUUAUGAGGCUGAUCUGCAGUACCGUGUCACCCUUGAUUCGCUGAGGCAGAUAUCAAGGAGUUUUUUCUCUGGGACUCAGGAAAGAAGGAUCCAAAGAAACAUCACAGUUCGAGAGUCAGAAUGCACCAGGCAUUCCUUCUACAUGUUGGAUAAGCAUGACUUUCAGGACUCUUUGAGAGUGACUUUGGAUUUUAAUCUCACUGAUCCAGAAAACGGGCCUGUGCUUGACGAUGCUCUGCCAAACUCAGUUCACGAACAUAUUCCUUUUGCCAAAGACUGUGGAAACAAGGAAAAAUGCAUCUCAGACCUCACACUGGAUGUGUCCAGCACAGAAAAGAGCCUGCUGAUUGUCAGGUCCCAGAAUGACAAGUUCAAUGUCAGCCUCACCGUGAGAAACAAAAGAGACAGUGCCUAUAACACCAGGACAAUAGUUCAGUAUUCUCCAAAUCUGAUUUUUUCAGGAAUUGAGGGGAUCCAGAAAGAUAGUUGUGAAUCCAAUCUAAAUAUCACAUGUAGAGUCGGAUAUCCUUUCCUGAAGACAGGAGAAACGGUUACCUUCAAAAUAAUAUUCCAGUUUAAUACGUCACAUCUCACAGAAAAUGCAAUCAUUCAUUUAAGUGCAACAAGCGACAGUGAAGAACCACUGGAAUCCCUGUAUGAUAACGAAGCAAAUAUUUCCAUCCCAGUAAAAUAUGAAGUCGGACUACAGUUUUACAGUUCUGCAAGUGAACACCACAUUUCAAUUGCUGCCAACGAGACUAUCCCUGAGCUUAUUAAUUCCACCGAUGACAUUGGAAAUGAAAUUAAUGUCUUCUAUAUGAUUAGAAAAAGGGGGCAUUUCCCAAUGCCAGGACUUCGGCUAUCAAUUUCAUUCCCCAAUUUGACCUCAGAUGGUUAUCCUGUACUGUACCCAACUGGAUGGGCAUCUUCUGAUAAUGUGAAUUGUAAACCCCAGAGCCUGGAGGAUCCUUUUGGUAUCAACUCUUGGAAGAAAAGGACAAUUUCGAAGUCUGAGGAUCUCAAAAGAGGAACAAUCCAGGAUUGCAGUACCUGCAAAUUUGCCACCCUCACAUGUAAUCUCGUUCCUUCUGACGUGAGUCAAGUGAAUGUUUCACUCAUCUUGUGGAAACCGACUUUCAUAAAAGCACAUUUUUCCAGCUUAAAUCUCACUAUAAGGGGAGAACUUCAGAGUGAGAACUCGUCGCUGAUUUUAAGUAGCAGCAACCGGAAACGAGAGCUGGCUAUUCAAGUAUCCAAAGACGGGCUCCCAGGCAGGGUGCCACUGUGGGUCAUCCUCCUGAGCGCCUUCGCGGGUCUGCUGCUGCUAAUGCUGCUUAUCUUAGCGCUGUGGAAGAUUGGAUUCUUCAAAAGGCCACUAAAAAAGAAAAUGGAGAAAUGAAAUAUUUUACAAGAGAAAAAAAAAAACAGAAACAAUUAUUCAAUGACCUAUCCUCAGGUUUGCCUCAAUCAUGUGAGAAGAAAUUCAGAAAAUUAACCAAAGACAUGAUCACAUAACUCUAUGUAAUCUGUCAUCCAUCUGGGAUUUACUCACUGGGAAAGUGACAAUCAAGUGUGAUCCAAAAAGUGGACCCAAAGAUGUAGUAUUAGAAAGUGAUGAGAAAUAUUUUUAAUACUUACUCAUUUUUGUUGAGUAAGUGAGAUGACACAAUGUUUUAAAGAAGAAUCAUCGACAUAAGUGUGUUUAUGUGUUUAAAUGCCAUACAGAGUAUUUUUUUAAUUUUUAUUUUUUUCUUCACAAUUUACUCAUUAUAUAUCCUGAUUGAAGCCCCCUCCCCCAGUCCCACACUCCCUCUUUCUUCCCCUCAUCCCCUGACCAUGCAUGGAUAGGACCUAGACCCCCUGCUCAGAUGUGGCCAAUGGGCAGCUCAGUCUCCAUGUGGAUCUCUGAGUGAGGGGAUCAGGAGCUGCCUCUAUCAUGAACUCAGUGGACUCCUCUCUGAUCACUCACCCCUGGGGAUGCAGCCUUGCCAUGCAGCAUAUUUUAAGGGAUGUACAAGAAGAGCUUUGGGGUCACUGAAACAGCUACUCUCAGCACAAUAUAAAUGAAGCUUUUCCCCUUGGCCACACCUUCAGAGUGACACUCAGCUUUUGUAAAUGCCAACGAAGGACUGGAGUGAAAAAGAUCCCCCAAUCCAAAUGAGAAAAACUUUGCUUAGCAGAGCCCGUGUACAAUAUGGACAGAAAAUGAAAUUAAAUCAUAGAGAUGACAUUCAGUAACAUCUUGGGUUCUUUAGUUGGAGAGGAUGUUUUCCAAUGUGAUUGGAAAAUAGUACAAUUGAGCUUAAAUUCUAUGUAAGAUAAACGGUCAAGACAGAGACCUUAUUUAAAAAACAUGCACUGAAUCUAUUAAUUUAAACUUUUACAAAAAGUAAAAGUGUUUAAUUUAUACUGAGCUCUAAAACACAAAACUCUUUUAUAAAGAAAAAAAUAACACUUAAAGCAGUUUGUGUAGCAUAGCAGUUCCUAGUCAUGAAGAGCCAUGUGUGUGUGAUGUCCAGAGGGUUUCUUAAUGAAACUGAGAGGACAGAUAGAUGACCCAAAAAGGCUGAAGUCACCUUUGCUGAGCGGCUGUUUAGUGCUAAUGCUUCCAAGAUGUUAUAUUAAGUAGGAGGCUUCUUAACCCUUUGGUAUAGGGUCUAUUUAAAACCCCAAAAUAUGACUGUUUAUUUUUUUUUAAUUCUUAAUUUUCCAAACACAUUUUAUGUUAGUAUUGAAAAUGCAGUCUCCUGAGUUGGCAUUUAAAUAGAAACCCAGGUAAUUUUAAAAAAUGUAUGCCUUGAAAGCUUAAACUAACAGAAAGACACAACUCAUUUGCAUGCACAUCUGUGUUUCUGAAGUAAUUCCCAAGCUCCUCGGACUCUGCUGUAAUGUAAGCUCCCAGAUUGCUCCAUUUCUAAGACAAAUAACAUUGAAUGAAUGUACAGUAUCUCCAUGUGCGAACUACUGCUGUAAAACUUGCUGACCAUCCUGCCCCAAAGCUGCUUCACCGCCUGACUGACCACCAUGAGUCCGAAACCUGUCAAUAUGCAGAAAGAGCUGGCCUCUACUCUCCUCAAAGCACAGCAAGCCAACAGAGAAAUUAAAUGCUGUGGGUUUGAUUUUUAAAAUGGUAUUUUUGAGGAAUUAUCUUAGGGCUCCGAUACAGCCUACCUCUUAGCUCUCUAGCCUUACCUGUAAGAUCCUAAGGCCUAACAGAUGGACACGAGGAUGCCACUGUCAUCCCUGGCUGGAGGAAGUGUUGACAGAAAAUUCGAAGAAAGAAGGUGUGUUUUCCAUGCUCACUGCCUCUUGCCAGAGUCAGAAGUCAUACUUUCCUCCUGCUCUUUUUUCCCCAGCAGAACUCAGAUGUUUCUUGCUUUGUUACCAUGGUGUCCAACUCCAGCACACACGUACCCAGCCUCCCUGCUCCUAGCUCCGUGCCUUUGGAAAUGAAAUUCAACUGAUACAUUUAGAUUCGUGUUUGACAUCUGGGACUGCAAGGCAUUGAACUUUGUACACUGAGCCCUAGGUGGGCAUAUUUAAACUAAAUGUGUUGUUAAGCCAAAGGAGAGAAGCAGAAAUGAGGACAUUUUCAACUUUUAAGAAAAAAGGGAAAGAACCGUUUGGACAGAUAAAAUGGUGCCAAAACCACUUGCCUACCGGUUUCUAACAUAAGAUAUUCCUGGCUAGUAGUAACUAUUUAAAGAACCAGACAACUCAUUUCUCUAUUAUUGUAACUGAGUCUGCAUAUGUAUAAUUAUGUGCACACACAUACAGAUACCAUUUAAACACGGAACAAGAAUAUGCAAAGACGGAAUUUACAAAAAGAAAAAGCAAAAAAAAAAAAAAAGAAGAAGAAGAAGAAGCACACAAAAGCCACACCAGUGAUGAAAGUUUCUUUCCUUUGCUUUUUAUACAGUAUUCACUUUCAUUAAUAUUUAAGUUUAGUUGUUAUUUCAUAAAGUAAAAAUAUAAAUACAGAGGCUUUGGUUUUAAACAUGAUAACAGAUGUCCAAAAUUAGCUUUAUGGAAUUAUUCUAGAACAUAUAAAUAAUUAAGAAAUGUACUUAACUCUAUGAUGUUAUUUUAAGACAAUAAGAAGAUUGGGUGAUGUUUAAGACUAUUUAUGAACUUAUAGCUUUAACUAAAAUCACCAAAUAUUCUGUAACUUUGAUUGUUUUUUAAAUCACUAUUGCUUCCACUAUGAACUGAACUGUGCAUGCAUUGUCUUUCCUGAGUAAACAUGCCAUGGAACACAAAUAAAUUACUCAACAACUUGUUCUUCAAGAGGAAAAAUGCCCCAGUAUCAAACUUAUGUGGCUGCAUUGUUUCCAUAGCCACUUUCAUGACUAACUUGACCCAAUUUGUCUUGCAGAACUCCUAGAAAUGUGUGUCAGGUCUUACUAGGUAGUUUGGGACACUAUAGCCCACAACUGGCAUAAACUACAUACUACAUCAUAGAAAAAUGGAUGGAUAGAGAUGCAGGCCAAUGUUCAGAGUCUAUGCACACCUAACACAUGCUCUAAUCAAACUUCAAGUUACUGCUCGUAUCCAUCCCAGAAGGUAGACUGCUCCAUAUUACUUACUCUUUACCUUUAAUUGCUAAUUAACCAUCCUUUAAUAUGAACAAAGUCAUAUGAACUUGCAGAAAGAAUGAAGGGAAAGCAAGAAAAUACAGAGGGUGUCUCUCACCGAGAACCGGAGCUACUCAGGACACACAAGGAAACUGUCCCACUUUCUCAAGGAACUCUCAGGCCUGAAAGUGACAUGAGGGAAGAUCUUCUCUGACAAAUAUUUCCGACUUUUGUGAUUAAAUUUUGAUGAUGCAAUUUGUUAAAGUGUUUUUCUCUGAGCAUUAGGAUCAUGGGCAACUUAGACCCUAAAUAUUUUUUUGUCAUAACUAUACUUGAAAAGAGCUUCUAGAAAGAUAGUUUUAUAAAAUUUGAUACUUACACUGCCAGAUUUUAUAUAUAUAUCAUGCAUAUAAUAUCAUAAAAAGUCAUCUACUUUUUCUUUUAUAAACCAAGGUCUAGACUCAAUUAGAAAGCAGAAAUAUUUGUACAAAAAGAAAAAAAAAAUGUUUGUGAAACAGUAGGACUGCGUUGCGGUAGAGGCUGUAUGGAAAGCCCUGAUUUUACUCUUAGUAGGGCCAUAGCUAACACACUGACCGAUAGCCAUUGGUUGCCAUGGAACCUGUUUUCUAUAGUAACUUCUUUGUUGGGAUCGCCAUCAAUUCCAUAUGAACUUUCUAUUCUGUUCUGAACAAUGGAGCAAACUAGAGACUACCCAGGCCCAGAGCCAGUCUCAUGUCCCAGGCCCAGGCUCAUGUACCAGGUGAACGUUAUCAUCCAAAUAAAGUGGCUUCUGGAAAA